AUGUCAACGGCGUCCACGACGUCGGGUUCGCGUGCCGACAUGACGACAGGCGUGGUAGAGCGGCGCGUACGAGUCGUCCGCCUCCUGCGCCCUCGCAAGGCUGCCCCAGCUUUCGGUUUCUCACUACGAGGCGGAAGGGAAUACGCAACAGGCUUUUUCAUUUCCAAGGUUGAACUCAACUCUGAAGCUCAUCUUCAAGGAUUAAAGGUCGGUGACCAGGUGGUCAGCGUAAAUGGUUACCGAGUAGAUGAUGCUGUUCACGCGGAGCUGGUUCAUUACAUCACCUCGCAGUCUAGAUUGAAGAUUAAAGUUAGACAUGUGGGGAUGAUUCCAGUGAAAGACAAAGAGCAUGAGUCCCUAUCAUGGCAGUUUGUUUCGGAACGUGCAUCCUUAGCUUCAGAUGUUUCUUCAUCACCCACACUAUGCCACAAUACGGAUCACUUGACAGAUUUACGAUUAUCUAUAUUAGUGCCUCCAAGAGCAAAACUUGGUUGCGGAAUCUGUAAAGGGCCAGACUGGAAACCGGGAAUCUUUGUGCAAUUCGUAAGGGAAGGUGGCAUAGCACGUGAAGCAGGUUUAAGGCCAGGUGAUCAAAUCUUAUCGUGCAACGGUCACGACUUUGCUAAUAUAUCCUUUAAUGAGGCCAUAUCAGCCAUGAAAGUGAGUGGAAGGCUAGAGCUCGUCAUCCGUGAAGGCGCGGGAGCAGAACUAGUGUCACCUGAGAGCUCUGGCUACAACAGCUCGGCGUCUUCAGCCGCGGGCGAGCGCAGCCCGGCGCCGGCGCCGACGCCGCUCGCGCCGCCCGCGGCGUUACGGCGACGACUCGCGAGUGUAGCCGAAGAAGCCGCGGACAGAGCCGACAGGUUGACCGUAAACAGAUUAAAAAGACGAACAUGGGAUACUUUAGAUUUCGAUUGGAAAAAUAAGGACAUUCACAAUUUCGACGCGCCUUCUGAUAUCGAACCUGAUUACGACAGCCCUAGUAUACCAAAUAAUCCUCACACGUUCGAAAAUAAAUCUAGUAGAAAAUGUAAAAGUAACACAGAUUAUGAAGCAACGAAAGUAACGAGUCCCUUAAAUAGAACAAUUAUUAAUUUGACGGAAGAUGGCGCUACAAUACAAUGCAGUUACGAUAACAAUAAUCCUAGAAAGAAUUUGUAUGCUACAACCCAAACGAACAGGGAUAAAGAAAAGAAGACAAUAGUGGUAGAAGUUCAUCAUUUGAAUUCUACAACAUGUGCUAAAACUCAUUGCAAUUAUCCCCCACCUUUGAAAAAGGAAAACGAUGCAGAUUCUACAAGUAUAUCGAGUUCUGCCACAUUGUCUAGUGCCAUUGCUGAAGAAAUUCAGCGAAGAAAAUCUAACAAGAAGCCAACAGAAAAGGAAAUGAUACCAAUCCCCGUUAAAAAAACCAGUAUUCCAAAAGCCAUUGACAACGACCAAAAAAAACAUCACGAUGCAUUAAUGGAUGAGUUUAAGAAAGUUCACAGAAAAAUGUUUGCCAAUCAAGAUGCCGUAAACAACAAGGAAUGCAAUAAAGAAAAUCACAUGGAUAAUUUGCUGUUAUCGAUUAGUUUAUCACUUUUUUAUGUAUACUACAUAGACAAUAUAUGGAACACUGAUUUAGCACGAUUACGCUUCGCACUGAUAACGUCGCCCCCGCACCUGCGAUGCAGCGCGCCGCACGCGGGCCCGGCGACGCUCAGUCACCUCGCCACAUCCGGUGUCGACGCGCACCGCCGCGCCGCAAGUCUC